CGCUUGACAACAUAACCAAAAAUUGUUCUUUUCGAGUUGUUGGUUAUCUGGAAAUGGGAGCCACACUUUAAGUUCGCGUAAUCCGCAAAUUUUCUGGAAACUGUUCUUUAUUAUAGUUUUUAUUCGUUGACAAUCCGUUAAAGAAUGGCUGAAAGUCGAGGCAAUUUUCGUGGCGGUUUUGGACGGGGUGGCUCUCGUGGUAGAGGACGCGGUCGUGGUCGUGGCCGCGGCAGAGGUAAGGAAGCCGAAAAGGAAUGGGUGCCAGUAACAAAACUGGGCCGUUUAGUCAAAGAUGGUAAAAUAGCGUCUCUGGAAGAAAUCUAUUUAUUCUCUUUGCCCAUCAAAGAAUUUGAAAUUGUAGACUUCUUUAUUGGGCCAGCCCUCAACGAUGAAGUUUUGAAAAUCAUGCCCGUUCAGAAACAAACUCGUGCCGGUCAGCGUACCAGAUUCAAGGCUUUUGUUGCCAUUGGUGACACAAAUGGACACAUUGGAUUAGGUGUUAAAUGCUCCAAAGAAGUGGCCACAGCUAUUCGUGGCGCUAUCAUAUUAGCCAAGUUGUCUGUGGUUCCAGUCCGUCGAGGUUAUUGGGGGAACAAAAUUGGAAAGCCACAUACUGUGCCUUGCAAGGUUACUGGAAAGUGUGGCUCAGUUGCUGUACGACUGAUCCCAGCACCGAGAGGAACAGGUAUUGUCAGUGCUCCCGUACCCAAGAAAUUAUUAACAAUGGCUGGAAUCGAAGAUUGUUAUACAUCGGCUCGUGGUUCUACCGGAACUCUUGGAAAUUUUGCCAAAGCCACGUAUGCCGCUAUUGCUAAGACAUACGCUUAUUUAACACCAGAUUUGUGGAGGGACGUGCCACUGAAGAAGACCCCAUAUUCCGAAUUUGCGGACCAUUUAUCUAAAUGCCACAAAGUCGUCCAAAACGUCAGAGAAUAAUAAUUUUGUACACGUUAUUGACACGAUACUGACUAAUCCAUGUUUGUUUGGUGUCGAAUAAAACAUUUAAAAAACUAA